AUGUGGGGGUCCAAGCUCUCAGCUGUGCUCUCCGCGCUCAGCUUGACGGGAACUGGCGUGCCCGCGACCGAGACAGAGGUCGAGAUCGUCGCCUUUGACAGCAGUGUCAAGCAAGUCGCCAUUAUUGGAGCUGGCGCGGGUGGCUCUGCUGCCGCUUACUACCUGCAACAGUAUGCCGAGGCAGACGGCAUUGAAGUGAACAUCACCGUGUUUGAGAAGACCAACCACAUCGGCGGUCGGACUUUGACGGUUGAAGCUUACGACAACCCGCUUGAGCAAGUCGAGCUGGGCGCGUCCAUCUUCAUCGAGGCCAAUCAGAUUCUCUACAAUGCUAGCAGGCGGUUCGGCCUUCCCCUCAAGGAGCCCGAGUCCGGCAGUGACGGCUUCCUGGGCAUUUGGGACGGCGAGCAAUUUGUGUACACCCAGGACGACAGCUCCUGGCAAUGGUGGAACCUGGCCAAGCUGUUUUGGAAGUACGGCUUGGCUCCCUACAAGGCGCAGAAGCUCGUCCAGUCUACCGUUGAUACCUUCCUGCAAUUGUAUGAGGCGCCUCACUUCCCGUUCCGCUCUCUGACCCAAAGGGCGUUUGAGCUGGACCUUCUGAAGGCGACUUCGGUUACUGGAAAGGAGUUCCUCGCCAACAAUGAUAUUGGCGAGCUGUUCUCUGACCACAUCAUCCAAGCUGCAACUCGCGUCAACUAUGCUUCCAACCUGAAGUACAUACAUGGUCUGGAGACCAUGGUAUCCAUGGCGCCUGAGGGCGCCAAGCAAGUCAUUGGCGGCAACUGGCAAAUCUUCGACACCAUGCUGCAGAAGACUAACGCGACUGUGAACCGCAACACUACCGUAACCUCCAUGGAGGUCAAGACUGGCCCUACAAGCUCCAAGUACUUUAUUUCGGCCAAGGACUCUCACGCAGAUGCUGGUGUCGAGGCGGAUCAAUACCCCGUCGCCUUCGACAACGUCGUCAUUGCCACCCCUUGGCAAUACAGCGACAUCAGCGUUGCUGAGGACUUGUUCCAACACAAGAUUGACGAGAUUCCUUACGUCAAGCUCCAUGUCACGCUGUUCGCUUCUCCAUUCCGUCUGUCGCCCGAGUACUUUGGCAUGGAGCCCGGGUCCAAGGCGCCCGACACGGUCCUCACGACUCUCAACCCUGCCGACGAGGCCAAGGCUGGGGCUGAGGGGGCCGGCAAGGCCGGCUUCUACUCCAUCAGCACCCUGAGAACGGCCACAAACCCAGAAACCCUCAAGGACGAGUUCAUUUACAAGAUCUUCUCUCCUAAGCAGGUCACCGCCGAGUUCCUCUCGCAGCUUCUCGGAGUAAAGGUCCCCGAAACCAUCGUCUCUAAGGACAAGACCGAGGCCGUCGACCCCAUUUCGUGGUACCACCCUCACGUCUUCCACUCCUACCCUAUCGAGUAUCCCCGCGUCACCUUCCAGGACCCCAUCCUGAGAGACGGCCUGUACUACCUCUCCGGCAUGGAGAGCUUCAUCUCUUGCAUGGAGACCAGCGCGCUCAUGGGCAAGAAUGUUGCCAAGCUAAUUGCGGAGGACUUUGCCGUCUCUACUGAGGCUGUCAAGGAGGAGGCGGUUAUGAUUGAGAAGGUGGAGGAGGGUGCCCAGGAGGUGAUUGAGCAAACGGAGAAGGAGCCGGUUGUCGCUGAUGAGCUAUAG